AGCGGAAAGAAUCACAUGAGCUCGGUCCUCGUCUCUCUCUACCCUCAACGACGUAAAAGGACACCGUGGCCCUCAGCCUCGCGGCGCCCGGGAAGCUGAGAGGGAGAGACCUCCGUCCCGCGGCCUGCAGAGCGACCCUUCGCGGAGACCCGAAAGCCUCUGGACCCCAGGAUCACUCUCCUUUCCUGCUGCUGCCCUUGGCCUGUGCCCGUGGCCUGUGCGGGUUCUCAGCCUAGAAGAGGAUCAUGCAGCUGGAGAUCAAAGUGGCCCUAAACUUCAUCAUCUCCUACUUAUACAACAAGCUGCCCCGUCGCAGGGCAGAUCUGUUCGGGGAGGAGCUAGAGCGGCUUUUGAAGAAGAAAUAUGAAGGCCACUGGUACCCUGAGAAGCCGCUGAGGGGUUCCGGCUUCCGCUGCGUCCACAUUGGGGAAGUCGUAGACCCUGUGGUGGAGCUGGCUGCCAAGCGGAGUGGCCUGGCAGUGGAGGAUGUGCGCGCCAACGUGCCCGAAGAGCUGAGUGUCUGGAUUGACCCUUUCGAGGUAUCCUACCAGAUUGGUGAGAAGGGAGCUGUGAAGGUCCUGUACCUGGGGGACGGUGAGGUGGGCGGUGCCCAAGAGCUGGACAAGGAGAUCAAGAGCAGCUUCAAUCCCGACGCCCAGGUGUUUGUGCCCAUCGGCAGCCAGGACAGCUCCCUGUCCAGCUCUCCCUCACCAUCCUUUGGCCAGUCCCCCAGCCCCACCUUCAUCCCCCGGUCUGCCCAGCCCAUCACCUUCACUACUGCCUCCUUUGCUGCCACCAAGUUUGGUUCCACCAAGAUGAAGAAGGGUGGUGGGGCCUCAAGCGGUGUGAGUGUGAGCGGCAGCGGGGCAGGCGGCCAGCAGCCACCGUCCCAGCAGCCUCGCCUGGCCCGCUCCCCCACAAAUAACCUGCUGAAGCACAAGAGCCUCUCUUUGUCUAUGCAUUCACUGAACUUCAUCACAGCCAACCCGGGCCCCCAGUCCCAGCUCUCCCCCAAUGCCAAGGAGUUUGUGUACAACGGUGGUGGUUCGCCCAGCAGCCUCUUCUUCGACGGGGUGGAUGGCCCGGGCACCAGUGCUGCCGCCCCCUUUGGGAGUAGCGGUGCCAGCACUUGCAACAGCAGCAGCUUCGACGUGGCCCAGGUGUUUGGAGGUGGUGCUAACAGCCUGUUCCUGGAGAAAACGCCCUUCGUAGAAGGCCUCAGCUACAACCUGAACACCAUGCAGUAUCCCAACCAGCCCUUCCAGCCUGUCGUGCUGGCCAACUGACCAUCUUCCUGUCUGCCAGGCCAGGAGCCCCCACCGCCACAGGAAAGAGAAAGGAAAGACCAACCGAAAGAGGGGAAGCAAACUAUAGAAAAGGAUCCCAGUCUUCUCAUUCUCCCGGCUAGGAAAACAGUUCGCCCAGGCACGGAGUAGGAGGGGCUCUGGAAGCACGGAGCGUUGAACUUGCUCGCCCUGACUCUUUCCCUGCCUGCCUCUGAUUUCAUCGGGUUGGUUUGGAUUUUGUAACUUUUUUUUACAUGUAGUUUUCUAUAUGACAUCUUUAAUGAGUGGUUUCCUGUGCUAAGAGUGGCCCAGAUGUGAAUCACUGCUCCCUCCUCCAUGCUCCCUGGGGUUGGCUUGGGCAAAAGCUGGAGUGGGGAGAGGCUGGCCCCGCAUCCACGGCCCCCACCCUAGCUGUCUUCUCAGGCCCUGCCACCAAAUAGGUCUGGCCCUAGCCUCAAUUCCCUCUCAGGCUGGGCCACAGGAAGCUGCUGACUGGCCGCUUGACACCCUCCCCUUAAAGCUACUAUCUGUGAUUAUAGGAAGGUUAGCACUUUCUCUAAUGGAAGUCUUUGUCUUGUGGCCCCAUCCCUUACCGGCUCUUGGCCUGGACGAGAUCUAUGCAGCCCCUUCCUCCAGUGCAGCCUUUCCCUGAGCCUGAGGUGAGGGCAGAGUUUAGAGUAGGGCUAAGUGUAUGUUUUCAUGUGUGCAUUCAUGCCUGUGCGUGUGUGGCUUGCUGUCAUGGUCUCAAGGAUUCCGAGCCACUCGGAUCUUCCCUCUGUAGAUGUGACCCUGGGUUGUAUCAAGUGCUUAUUUAUGUACCAGGUUGGGGGAUGGACCCAGGGUGGGUUGAUAGUCCAUUUGUAAGGCAGUAUAUGUGUGGGGAUGACAAGUGGCUAAGCCGAAGAAACCCCAGGGGAAAGCGCUGCAUAAGGAACUGGGUUUCCAGACUGCAGAGGGAUCUGCACUUUUGUUUGUUUUUGACCAAAAAAAAAAAAAAAAA